UUGCAAAAGCUACAAAUUUGGGUAGUGGCUUUGAGUAACAUCGUAACCUUACGACGCGCGACUAACACGUAUUGUUGCAUGUUAUUAAUGAUUUACCGGGGUUUUUGAAAUAAUCCAUAUUUCAUUACUACCAAUUUAUUGUAUAGAUUAGUGUCAGUGGUAACCGUUUUAGUUCUGGUUGUUUGCUUGUGCCGGUUUGUUGUUGCAUCUUCAUUAAGAAAGAGUUUAUCUGACAAUGGGAAACGUUCAUACUUGUGGUCCAAACGAAGCUUUGGUCGUAUCAGGAGGAUGUUGCGGGUCCAUGAAGAAGAGAACGAUCGUCGGUGGCUACGCCUUCACGUGGUGGUUCGUCACCGACGUCCAGCGAUUGUCUCUCGAGGUUAUGACGCUGAACCCCGUCUGCGAAAACGUAGAAACCGCGCAAGGUGUGCCGUUGACUGUCACCGGAGUAGCACAGUGCAAGAUCAUGAAAGCGGACGAGCUUUUACACACUGCCAGCGAACAAUUUCUAGGAAAGAGCGUUUACGAAAUCAAAUCGACCAUCCUUUCUACCCUAGAGGGUCAUCUUCGUGCGAUACUAGGCACGCUAUCGGUGGAGGAGGUGUACAAAGAUCGAGAUCAGUUCGCGACGCUAGUGAGAGAGGUGGCCGCGCCAGACGUCGGUCGCAUGGGCAUCGAAAUUCUAUCGUUUACGAUAAAAGACGUCUACGACGACGUUCAAUACUUGGCUUCGCUUGGCAAAGCGCAAACUGCGGCUGUUAAACGGGACGCCGACGUUGGCGUCGCCGAGGCGAACCGCGACGCUGGCAUUCGGGAAGCUGAAUGUGAGAAAGCAGCGAUGGACAUAAAGUACAAUACCGACACGAAGAUCGAGGACAACGCAAGACUCUUCCAGCUGCAGAAAGCGAAUUUCGACCAGGAAGUGAACACUGCGAAAGCGGAGGCGCAAUUGGCUUACGAGCUUCAAGCGGCGAAGAUAAGGCAACGGAUACGAAACGAGGAGAUUCAGAUAGAGAUCGUGGAGAGGCGCAAACAGAUCGAAGUAGAGGAACAGGAGGUACGUCGUAAGGAACACGAGCUUCAGAGCACCGUGAGAUUACCCGCGGAAGCCGAACAUUACAAAAUUGGCAAAGUGGCCGAAGGGAAAAGAACGCAGACGGUAAACGCGGCCGUAGCAGAAGCCGAGAGGAUUCGUUUGAUCGGAGGAGCCGAGGCACAGGCUCUAGAGGCGAUUGGAAUAUCGGAAGCCGAUCGUAUGCGAAUGAAAGCCGCCGUCUACAAAAAGUACGGCGAGGCUGCUAUUCUCAACAUUGCUCUGAACGCCUUGCCAAAGAUUGCCGCGGAGGUGGCCGCGCCGUUGGCGAGAACAGAGGAAAUCGUGCUUCUGGGCGGAAGCGAUACGACCAGCGGUGAAAUUACACGCCUUGUGGGGCAAGUACCUCCAGCUGUUCAAGCACUGACCGGUGUAGAUCUUUCAAAAGUGUUGAGCAAGAUACCAGGAGCAAAGUAAUGACGGAACACGAAAGGGAAGCAACGGCGACCAGGCGAUCGGACACUUGGAAUCGGGUGAAGAAAGGAGCGAACGUUAUACUGCCAAAGGUUUCUCUGCUACUCCGCAUCAUCCAACGGUGACACUCCACUUCGUUCUCUUUCCCGAAUUACUCUACCUCAGACGUAGGUGAAGCGACGCUGAACAUAAUCGGUCGAAUCGGGCUCGCGUCUCCGCCGCGAAUGCGUCGAUUAUAAUCUCGAACGUAUACGCGGGCAAAUUCGAUGGUUCGUUACGCGAUACUGGACCACUUUAUACAACGCACAUAAAACGUCUCCGCUUCGUCGUCGUUCGUGCACGUCGAUUCCAACAUCUCCUCGAUCCUACCGAAUCUUUCUUCACGACCGAACUUUCAUCGACGCAACCGUUAGUCGCGCAAGUUAUAAGAUAGAAGCAACGGAGAAAGAAGAAAGAAGAAUCUUAGGGGAUCUCCUUGGAAGAGGAAAUCGAGUACACGACACACGUAUAUCGCUAUUGUUUCCGAAUCUAUCGUGAUCCAAGAUUCUCGAUAAUUGUGUUCAACUUCAUAUAUAAGAAAUUUAACAAGGGAAAGGAGAGAGAGAAAGGAUGAUAAAAUCAUCGUUCGUGCGAUGUAGGCGACGUGGAAAUUAAUUGUUCGUAGUCGUUGUACAUACUAGUAGUAACGUGUGUAUCAUAGCAACUGGAGUUUCUUACAUUGCUUGGAACGAGACGCUUCGAACGUUCGAGACGCUCGACGGAAUCGAGGCUGUCGCGUGAAAUAUCUCCGUCGUUUUCCGAAAGAUUUAAAGCGAACUUGUACAGAGUGAUUUCCGAUAAAAUAUUUCAAUGAAAAUUUAUGUAAAAAUUCGAUAAACGUUUUCGAGUGGUGUUUUCCUAGAAUUUGACUUUCUAUUUGAAAAGUAUAGCCACCUUCUCUACGUAGCACCGCGUGUCUUUUUAAUACGCAUCGACCGUUGUAUUUAUCGUGUGUGCGUGUGCGUGUAAACACUAGACUAAGAUACAUAGAAUCGAUAUUUCAUCGGUCGUCACUCUGUCCAAUUUCUACGCUUCUCACUCUGAUUUCUAUUCAGCUGUGCGAUCAAACCUCUUCUUUCGGCUAAAAGUUACCACAAUUUCAACGAUAACAGAAUUAUCAACUAACUCGACGAGAUAAAUUUAAAGUUAAAAAGUUCUGAAAGACGGAACACGCGAACGAGCGUUCGAGCGUUCGCGUAUCCUCGUUCGAUUCGCGUUCGAAAUUCUCUCUAUUGACCACGCAUCGGAAUCAAUCGCGUUCCCGCCGCCAGAUGUACUCUCCGAACCGAAGAAAGUGCCAACCAAUUUGUAAAUACGGUAUCGUCUCGCCGUCGUCGCGUAGCAGAGCGAAUGGCAAUUGUCUAUCGCGUAACGAUCAUUCUGUCUUUCCCGAUUCGGUUCGAGAUCCAGUGCUCGCAUCCAAGAAAAGCCAGCCCCGUACGUGCGAUAAUUUUUGUUCCGAGCGACGUUGUUCGAGACGGACGAUUCUAUCGCGCGAAAAUCACGUCCAUCGUGUCCUCGACAUUGCGAUUACGACGAUCGAAUCGUCAUUCGUAUAGCUGAUAACGAUCCAGCGUCACCGAGUACAAAUUCCAUUGUCCUGUCCGAUGUACAUGCUCGCGAGAGACAACUCGAAGGAAACAAAGAUCUGAUUGCGUAAAUUCGUUUCGACGUUCUUUUUCUCUCGUUCUACUUUAAGCAAUCCUUUAUUCGUUUAUUCUUUUUACUCGUUAUAGGAUUUCGCUCCUAUUUUUUAUAUCUAUACAUGUUUUUCCUAUUGAAAACAUAUUUAAGUAAAAGUUGUGCUCUUAUCGAGAGAGAACUCUUCGAACCCGCGCGAGCAAAACAGGUCGUGACUUGUUUAUUCAAAA